AUGACAACCGAUGAGGCGAUCAAAUCUCAGGUUGCUCAAAACGUGUUUGACUCCGGUCCAAAUCGACAUAUAAUCGACGGUCCCAGACUGUGUACUCAUAGCGCAAGAACAGUGCCCACGGAUGCAGACCUAUAUGCCCUUCGCGGAGCUGCAGAGCGCAUCAAAUUCCACGUGAUUGCUCUGCAAGAGACCAAGAGCAGAAAGAGCGACGUACGAUAUAUGAUUGUGCACUCGUCAUUAAUCGAAUCUGCGUUGAGUUUCUUGUGCCCAUCUGCCGUCCAAUUUGCCGAUUCUCACAAGACCCUGCGACCUCAUCUGCAAAUACAAACUCUUGACGGAUUUUUCAAGGUAAAACUAGAAAAGGCUACAGAAGGGGUAUACAAUAUCGGAAAUUCUGGAGAGUUUCGAACCUUUUCCAUUCUUCACCUCCUGUGGGAAGCCCAACCGUCAACACUGGUGGAGCUCCACCACGGAUUCUCUCUUCGGAAGUGCGGGUCGAUCAAAAGCGUGAAACCUGUUAAAGCUCCAGGACCUAAUUUUAUAUCGGCAAACUUUCUUCGGCCUGGUGGCCAUCCGAUUCAUGUAACUCUAGCAGCGCACAUGACGUCCUAUCUUCAGAAAGAAAGGAUUGCAGACCAGUGGAAGACCUCGCGAACCGUUCUUAUCCAUAGGAAAGGUGACUGA